GUUGCCAUAACAAAGCUGCACGCUGAUGGAGGAUUUUGGCGAACUUUUCAUGAAAUAAUCGUAUUUUUUAGCGAAUAAGGAACGGGCCAGACACACACAUACAGUAGACAUAACACAAUGGACACAGGGGAGCAGUAUGCUGAGGUGGCACAUGAACUAGUGGACCAGGUGUUAAACAGUGCAGUGAAGAAACUAGAAUCUGAACACUUACUGGAGAGGGACACAUCACGACAGACCACAUUGCUUUCUCUGGAAAAUCUCAGAGAGGAUUAUCAAGUGAAAAAUAUUGAAUGGUUGACAAUAGAGGAGUUUACAAUACAGAAGGGAGAAGACAAAAUUAAUGAUUUCUUAAAGACGUGGGAUUAUGAAGGCGCAUGGUUAUACUGCAUAGACUUCUUGCAAGAGGAUGACUUUGAGUUUGACAAGAGGUUCAGGUACAGAGUGCGGUGGAGUAUUCCUACCCGUAGGAAACCAAUCCCCAGAGCUACAGCCAGUGUCUACUUCACUUUUGUGGUAUCUAAGAUUAAGCCUAAGACAUAUCCUGUAGAUGUAUAUUAUGUCUUCGAAACCAACAGACUUGUUCACAUACCUGGACAGUCAAGAUUUAGAGAAAAAUGGCUCAAGGAUAUUAUAGAAAACAAAGUGCUCAUGCUACAAGCUAUUGACUUUUAAAUAAUAAUUUAUAUUACACUUUUUAUUAUUAGUAUUAUUGGUCACACUGUGCUGACUAUAAAGAUUAUUACCAAGAAACAAUAUCAGAGACCUAUAUUCAGACCUUCAGACUAUUUUACAUAGUUUAAUAUAUGUUAUAAUGCUGACACUUACCUGAUGAUUUUAAUUAAGUUGGGUCAUACUUUUGAAAUGAUCAUGUUGUCAGUAUUUGCAGAAUAAGUUUUAAAACACAAUCAGGUUUUAUGCAGCAUUAAAUAUUGUCAGAUCUUUUUGUACUUUUGCUGGAUUUCAACUGUAGUUAAAAAAAUCAAUAGCUGAUGCUUAGAAGUUAAUUAUGCAAAUAUUGUCUUUUGUCUAUAUCAUGUGUUUAAAAGUAACAAAAUAUUUGUAUAUAUGAGAAAUAGGGAAACAA